AUGGCGACCGUUCAAGAAUUGAAAGGAGUUGUGAAAGACACACUUGAGAACCGUGGGGUGCUGGGACAGCUGAAGGCCAGGAUCCGAGCGGAGGUGUUUAACGCUCUUGAUGACCAGAGUGAAUCGGCUCCUCCCCUCAGUAAUGAGAACCUCCUCGUUAAUGAGCUCAUCAGAGAAUAUUUAGAAUUCAACAAAUACAAGUACACUUCAUCAGUAUUAAUGGCAGAAUCUGGUCAACCACAAACACCUCUUGAUCGCCAGUUUUUAGUAAAUGAACUCAACCUUGCUGAGAACAGGGAAAGCCAGUCCGUGCCUUUGCUGUAUGGGGUUGUUGCUCAUUUCUUGAAUCGUAAGGGCGGUGCCCGGGGCAGGUCCCCGAGGAAAGCCGUGACACCCAGGAGUGCUGGCCACAGUGCAAGGACCCCACGCAGACAUAAUCCCUUUGGGGAUGAGGAAAGAGCAAUGAACCAUGGUGGGGAUGAUGAGGAAUUUGACGGACUCAGUCACGGCCCAUUUGUUGUUGAAGGCGGUCGCAGGUGAUCAAUUCAGCCAUCUGCAAUAGACAUGUGUUCAUUCAGUGAAUCGUUUUCCAUUCUCGUUCUCAAAGAAAACAUAUUGACCAGUGAGACGAUUGCAUUUAUAAAGAUAAUGACAAACGGGAUGUGAAUUGGCGUGAUGAUGAACUGUAAAAGACCCCUUGUGGAGACAGGAUGUUUUAUGCUCAGAUGCUGAAGGCACUUGGCAGAUUUUAUAUGCUAAAGUACUGUCAACUCGGUUAGGAAGUGUCAUGGGUUCAAAAGAGGCAGUGCCUGCAUUGUGAGCCUACAGCAGUGGAAAGUGUGCCAUCUAGAGUGCCAUGCCUUCUCCUGAUUGAUUUUGUAGAUAAAACCAUGCUGGUUGUGGUUAAAAAUAGAAUCAUAUUUCAAACAAAAACAUUUGAAGUGCAUUGUAUAGUAUCAUUGUUGUUUUAGGCGGAUGUGUAUCUGUCAAAAAAGUAGUUUUUAUAAGUGUCCUGAAAAAUGUCUCUUUCUUGAAUCCUUGCAUCCAAUAGACCAUCCACAUACAAGUUCUAAAUAGUUUGGUCAAAAUGACCAGACGUGCAGGAUGCAAUCUUGGAUGGGAGGACUACGUAGAUUUUCGCCACCAAAUUCAUUACGUUUAAUAAGGUGGUGUGGAGGAUGUGUCCCAAUUUUCCCAGGUAUGUCUACCUUGACCCAGUAUUAACCAGGGAAUUGGGCCAUGUUGUCAUGUGAUGCAAUCAGUGCCACUUGAAGGUGAACUUGGCAGCUUGAAAUUGGGUCACCUACUGUAGUUUAAACUUUUGUCCCACGGUCGUCCCACAAAUGCUCCUUUGAGGAUGUUGAAUCAACACUGCGGUCAGCAGAAGUUGGAACAAAAUUUCCAGAUUAUCUGGUUACUUAGUUGCAUCCAUGAAAAGACAUCUGUCAACUCCGAACACGAUAAAGGCAGCCCUGUAAGGUUUGAAAAAAUACAAGUAUAUGGUGGCCAUCAAGCAGAAAUAUGAUGAACCCAAGUUACUCUCAUUAUUUGAAAAGGACAAAGUUUUUACAGGGAAACUGACAACCCCCUCCCCAAAUGAAAACUCUUCGUCAUUUUAGGCUCCAACCUAUUUUUAGACUAUGCACCUUUACACUUUGUUUGUCAUACCACUUACACAUCUAUGUCAUUGUCAUUGGCCCACACCCAAUAACCCAAUUGUAGAAUUUUUUGGACCUUGUUUACUAAAUUAAAUUGGUACUUUGACCACUGACACUAAUUGAACUUAAAUCAUUUUGUUCACUCGCCAAACUUAAAGGAAGUCUAUAGGCAAGGGCCAGGUCAAUAUUAAGUUUUAUAAGGUUGCUGAUAGAUGGGUCUCUCCUCUCUUGCAGUACAUCAAAACUUGUAUGCAAAAUAUUACAUGAAUUUCUGAAUCAAGAAGUAUAUGCAUCUCUGAAUCAAAUGGAGCCCAGUUCUUUAAUACUGUGCAUACAUGUCUUGUCACCCGAGGAGGAGGACGACCAAUUUCUCUCUCCUGAUCUUGCAUCCUGCCUGUAGUCCAACUUUAACGCUUUGUUUCAAGUACAGUACCUGUAUUGGAAAAUUGCCAAGAACAGUGGUUUUGGGUCAAUAUGUGUAAUUCUGUCAUCAUAUCAUCAGGCCAUAUCAGUUGCUAUAUUUGUUUUCCAUUGAACCCGGUUCCAGAGGUUUUGGUGUCAUUGU